AAUCCUAGUGUUGAGCGAUAUGGUGGGUGCGAUAAUCGGUCGGUCCGGGGGCACAAUCAAGCAGAUCACUCAACAAACGCGGGCGCGCGUAGACGUGCACCGCAAAGAAAAUGCCGGCGCUCUCGAGAAAGUGAUCACUAUUUACGGCAAUCCCGACAACUGUUCCGAAGCGUGUCUCAAGAUUCUCGAAGUGAUGCAAACGGAGGCCACGAAUACAAAUCGCGGCGAAAUACCACUGAAGAUAUUGGCCCACAAUAACCUCAUCGGCCGUAUUAUCGGCAAAAGUGGUAAUACUAUCAAAAAGAUUAUGGAACAGACGGACACGAAGAUCACUGUUUCCAGUAGUAUACAUGACGUGAAUAGUUUCAAUUUGGAGCGAAUCAUAACAAUCAAGGGUUCGCUGGAAAACAUUUGUAAAGCAGAAUCAAUGAUCAGUCAAAGACUGCGCCAGAGUUACGAAUCUGAUCUGCAGGCCAUCGCACCGCAGGCCGUCAUGUUUCCCGGCCUACACCCGAUGGCAAUGAUGUCCACAAUAGGACAGCCCAACUAUCCAAUGGCGGGCCCGUCGUCCGGAUCCGGUGGACGCGGCGGUGGAGGCGCCGGUGGACCCAACACUCAUCCGUUUGGCAUCUAUAAUACGUCCCCAUACGGUGUGCCUCCAUUGCUGUACUCGCCAACGGGUGGCGGCCCCGGUCUCCACCACCCAACCGCUCCUACACUCACUGCCGGCUUCCCAGCCAUACCGGGCGGCGACCAGACGAAGGAAACGGUGUUCGUAUAUAUACCAAACUCGGCCGUCGGCGCCAUCAUUGGGACCGGAGGCACAACUAUUAGGGAAAUGAUCUUAAAUUCUGGUGCUAAUAUCAAGGUGGCUCAGCCCACCAAAGAAGAGGCGGAACGAGUUGCUCAAGACAUGCGAAGGGUGACAAUUGUGGGGAACCCGGAGUCCCAAUGGAAGGCUCAAUACAUGAUAUUCCGUAAAGUGACGGUCGAGGGCUUCAGUGCCAUCCCUCAGGACUCACUCUCCCCGGAGCCGAAGCUAAAGGUGGAGAUAUUGAUCCCGUCGUCACAAGUCGGCCGUAUUAUAGGCAAAGGGGGAUCAGUUGUGCGCGAAAUGCAGCGCAACACCAGAGCCAUAAUCAAACUUCCAGAGGAGAGCGUCGGUGGCGGUAGUGGUGGUGGCGGUGAUGGGGGCGCAGAGGAAACGCCAGUUUACAUAAUCGGUGACUUUCUGAGUACACAAGCGGCUCAAAGACAGAUCAGAGCUCUGGUCAGCCGAUCAACAGUGCCUUCAACUGUAGGAAAGCCUACAAAACCGAAAGAUAGAGAUAAUAAAGAUAGUAGUCGUCAACAAACGGCGCCGCCGACGACAACGACGACGCCGGCAGCCAACCAUCAACAGGAACAACAAGAGCAACGGUCAUCACCUCCACCACAGACCACAUCACCCACAGAUCAACCAAAGGAACAACAAUCAGACACACCUCCAGACCCACAACCAGAAGCCGAGGCGUGACCAUCACAUGAAACACACGGCGCGGCGACGGCAGGAGUGAAUGCGAUGAUAGCGAUAUAUAUUAUUUGAAAUGAAACGACGAGAAUAUAAGACAAAUAAAAAACAGUAAAACUAGUUCUCAAUAAUAAUAAAACUGGACUUUUAAGCCUAAUUUCACUCAUUAUACGAGACGUACGGAAGCGUUGUGUAAAGAGUGCCCCGAUUUGUCCCCAAAUUGUUGUUAUUAUUGCUGUUUUGAUUUGUAGCGAAGCCAACUGACAUUGAUGAAAUGAAAUACAAAUGAGCCCAUGCUAUGAAACAAAAACAAAACAUAUUCGGUAUAUCUAUAACUAUUAUGCUUUACAAUAAGUAAUGGAAAUUAAAAGCCAAAUAAAUGGUGUUUCGUUUGGUUUAUAACGCUUUUAUUGGGCGACAACUGUUUGAAUUAUCAGGAUCGAUUUCUUAGUGUUUAUUUGCAAUUUUUAAUUGUGCUGGUACUGAUUUUAAUCUAACCUAACUGUUUUUAUUUGAAUUAAUAUUGUUUUACUUUUUGAAAAUUUAGACAGAUUAACUAUUAUCGAGUAGAAUUACUAUGUAAUUAGUUGAAUACAGUGUUAUAUUUAAUAUUUACCACUCUCUUUCUCUCUAUACAUAUAACUCCCAAUUUCUGUGACCAUUGAAUUUUCCCGACAAAUGGACAAUCAUGUGUUGUUCCCCUCAACAAAGUUUGCGCCCAUACAGACAGUACACACACACUGACACAAACACACACACAUUGUGGUCAAUAUGUAUAAUAUUUUUUAUAGUACAAAGAGAUGUUCUUUAUAAAAGAUCUAUUGAUAUUUUUAAAGAUUAUUAAUUUAAUUGAAUUACGAAAGGAAUAAAGAAAACACACAUUUAUUGCUGAAAAGCCCGAUA